CCGUUGGACCGACUUGGGGCGACCGAACUUGAAAUAGAAGGGGACGGCCAGAGAAAGCCAGGCCCGGCAGCCCGACCCCCGAGCCCGCCGCCUCAGGCUCCCCGCUUCCAGUCGGCCGUGAGCGCCGUGAGGGACUUGUUCGUUCUCCCGUAUCUACCCCAGAGCUUUAGUGCGGUGCUUGGCCCAUAGUCAAAAUGGGAUUUGUCUUUUCAAAAUCUAUGAAUGAAAACAUGAAAAACCAACAGGAAUUCAUGCUUAUGAAUGCUCGGCUUCAGCUGGAAAGACAGCUAAUGAUGCAGAAUGAAAUGCGGGAACGACAAAUGGCUAUGCAGAUCGCCUGGACGCGGGAAUUCCUCAAAUAUUUUGGAACAUUUUUUGGCAUUGCUGCAGUAUCUCUAACGGCUGGAGCAAUCAAAAACAAGAAACCUUUCCUCUUUUUCCCACUAAUUCCUCUAAGUUUCGUCUUUGCCUAUGAAUAUGACAUGGGUUAUGGAACCCUUCUACAGAGAAUGAAAGGUGAAGCCGAGAACAUACUUGAAGCAGAAAAUGAUAAAUUGCAGCUCCCAAAAGGAAUGAUCACAUUUGAAAGCCUGGAAAAAGCCAGAAGAGCUCAUAGCAAAUUCUUCAUAGAAAAAUGAAGAGAUAUUUUUAACAAUCAAUACUCAAAGCAUAAAUGAUUUGUGUGAAAUCUUGUUUUUUUCUUGAUAUUAAAAAAGGUCAAGUUA